AGGUUAGGGAGGUGCAGCGGCCACCGGGUCCUGCGCAGGGAACCACCGUGGCCCCCUGCUCUGCCCUACUCAGCCCUGCCCAGCAGGGCAGGGGAGGGGGAGCCUGGAGGGGGAGAGGAAAGGUGGCAGGUGAGACCGCCAGCCUCGUUUUCCCUGGGCUCGCUCCCCUCCCAGGGGAGCUGGGCUGGGAAGGAGACAGACACUUCCCUCCCGCCCUGCCGGCCGGGCUGCCUGCUUGCGGCCGUCCUGACCGCUCCGCAACGCGCAGAGGCGCCUGGCAGCCUUCGGGAGCAGAGGCCGUGCGAUUGAUGAGUUUGCCUCGGGCGUCGGUGACCAGGUGAAGCGGGCCAGCAUGGGUCAGAAGGUCACCGGAGGGAUCAAGACUGUGGACAUGAGGGACCCCACGUACCGGCCCUUGAAGCAGGCUCUCCAGGGCCUGGACUACUGCAAGCCCACCCGCCUGGACCUGCUGCUGGACAUGCCGCCCGUGUCCUACGAGGUCCAGCUGCUCCACUCGUGGAACAACAAUGACCGCUCGCUCAACGUCUUCGUGAAGGAGGACGACAAGCUGAUCUUCCACCGGCAUCCGGUGGCCCAGAGCACGGACGCCAUCCGGGGCAAGGUCGGGUACACGCGGGGGCUCCACGUGUGGCAGAUCACGUGGGCCAUGAGGCAGCGGGGCACGCACGCCGUGGUGGGGGUGGCGACGGCCGACGCCCCCCUGCACUCCGUCGGGUACACGACGCUCGUGGGCAACAACCACGAGUCCUGGGGCUGGGACUUGGGGCGCAACCGGCUCUACCACGACGGCAAGAACCAACCGAGCAAAACGUACCCGGCCUUUCUGGAGCCGGACGAGACGUUCAUUGUCCCCGACUCCUUCCUCGUGGCCCUGGACAUGGACGACGGGACCCUGAGCUUCAUUGUGGACGGACAGUACAUGGGAGUGGCUUUCCGGGGACUCAAGGGCAAAAAACUGUAUCCUGUUGUGAGUGCCGUCUGGGGCCACUGCGAGAUCCGCAUGCGCUACUUGAACGGACUUGACCCCGAGCCCGUGCCGCUCAUGGAUCUCUGCCGCCGCGCCGUGCGCCUGGCCCUGGGGAAGGAGCGGCUGGGGGACAUCCCCGCGCUGCCGCUGCCCGCCUCCCUCAAGGCCUACCUCCUCUACCAGUGACCCUCCGCCCAGGAUCGCACGCCGCACGACAGCCACCUGGGGUGGACUCACUGAGCUGCCGCCGCCGCCGCCGCUGCACCUUGGACGGGCGUCCGUCUGCUGCUGCCGUGUGAGGAAGGCCCCGCUCCUCCUCUUCGUCAUCCUUCGGGACACAAACACGGACAGCUCUGGACACAGGCCCCCCCGCCCGCCCCCCCGCCCUACCUUGGCGGGAGGUCCCUGCGUGCCGCGCCACCGCCCCUCCUUGGGGAAAGACACAGUGGACUCCGAGGAAGCCCGGCGCUGAGUGCCCAUCUGCUCCCGGGGGACGCACGGGCAUUCUCCACCUGCCGGGUCCCAGGGCGGGCCGGCGAGAGGGGCCCGGCACCGUGCGCAGACCCCAGGGGUGCUAAGAGGUGCUUCGACGAGGAGUCAUGUCCCAGCAGCCAAGCUCAGGACGUCAGAAAGGACAGAGCAACAGGCGCAACCCGAAGUGGACCUUCCGUGGGCUGUGCUCUCGGUGCCAGCCCCGCCGCCGCCGGCGCCCCCAGACCCCGUAUUUAUUCUUUUAACAAUAAGAAAAGCCAUUUAUUUAUUCCAUUUAGAAAGGGGCCUCGUCGUGGUCACCUCUCCGGAGUGUUCUCUUGCUUUUCUUCCACCUGCUGCCCCCGCACCUCCCCCCCACCCCGCAUGUGUGUGCCUGCCCUGUCCUCCUCACCGGGCUGUGUGUCUAUGGCGUGUCCCCACGUGGGCGUGGGUGUCUCUGUUUGGGUCCCUUGACCUACAGUUUCCAUGGGGCUCUGCUCCGAGUCCCUGAGUGGGCCCCUCGGGGAGCGUUAGCCUCACGUGCAGUAGGAGCGCCUCCGGGGUCGGCUCCACAGCGGGCGCGGCUUCUGUGUCUCUGCUGGUUACUUACACUUCGGCUCGUCCACCUUUGCACGCGGUUUUAUUUCCGUGGUCUUGCGUGGCUUUAAGGGCAGGGGGGAGGUCUUGCUUCCCUGCUGAGAUUUCCCCCUUGCACCCCAUAGAAGCACCGAACCAAGGAGGGAAGUGGGGGUGUCUGUCUUCUGAGCAGCCAGGAGCAGGGCGAGGGGGGGAGACCCUGGGGGAGGUGCACUUGCGCUCAUGGGAGCCCACGCAGUCUCUGCUAAGCGCCCCUGACAUCACACGCCGGAAAGGUGGACUAGGGACAGGAGGUCAGCUGGAGAGGGAGGCCCCCUCCCGGCCGCAGCCCCCCCACCCCCCAUGUAGCAGACCCCAAGCCCCGGCCACCGCAUUUCUGUAUCUCGAGGUCAACUCUGUCUGAGAGUCUGGCUUCAGCUCAUUUCUGUACAGGUACAAUAGAUAACUUUAUUUGUUUAAAGUGUUUAAUAUAUAUGCAUAUAUAUUUGUCCGUAAGAAUUAUGUUUUAAACAGCUGCUGUAGGGUACCUUUAAAAAAAAAAGUCUUCCAGUGGAAUAUAUUUUUUAAAGCACAAAAUUGGUGCCAAGACUGGGUGAGGAAUGUAAAUUACCCCCUUAUUAUUGUGAGGGUUUUGGCUUUUUUUUUUUUUUUUUAUUUCCAGGCACGGGGACCUUACCUGUAAGACUCGUAAAGGUUUUCCUCGCUCCCGUGCCAGGGCGGGUCCUGUUCUGAUGAAUGUUGCACACGGGAGAGGCUCACUUCGCAGAUCCAGCCUGGUGGCCCUGACCCAGCACCUCCCGCAGCCACCGGCCGCGUCACAGGGCGCUCGGUCGUCUCUCGGCACUCCCGCCGCCCCGGCACCUCCCCCCCCACCCCAAGCCCACCCUUCUCCCCUCUCAGCCCAGAGCCCUGGGGCCUGUACAGUUUGGAAACUCCCAUUCUAUUUUAUGAUGGUUGAUAAUAGUCAGUAACCUAAUAAAGGAAAGUUUGUUAAAAUACAAA